AUGGACGUGGUUGAAAAGGCCAAUGCGCAGAGGCAAAAGAAAUGGGCGAAGGUAGGCAAGGUUGGCGAGGGGAUGUAUGCGGUGGUGUACCGCGGUCGCGAGGUUGAAACGGGACGCCAGGUUGCGGUCAAGAAGAUCAAGGUCGGCCAACUUAAAGAUGGUCUUGACAUGUCCGCCAUUCGUGAAGUGAAAUUCUUGCGAGAGUUGAAGCACCAGAAUAUCAUAGAGUUACUGGAUGUCUACUCUUCGAAAACGAAUCUCAAUCUCGUCCUUGAAUUCCUUGACUCAGAUCUGGAAAUGGUCAUAAAGGACCGGACGCUGGUUUUUCUACCCGCCGACAUCAAGAGUUGGAUGGCCAUGACAUUCCGGGGUCUCGAAUUCUGUCAUAGAAAUUGGAUCCUUCACCGGGAUUUGAAACCGAAUAACUUGUUGAUCUCCUCUACCGGUCUGCUCAAGAUAGCAGAUUUUGGUCUCGCGCGCGACUUCGCAGACCCGGGCUAUAAAAUGACAUGCCAAGUUAUUACACGUUGGUAUCGGCCGCCAGAGCUCCUCUUUGGGUGCAGAUACUACAGCUCUGCUGUGGACAUCUGGUCCGUUGGAUGUAUCUUCGCAGAGCUUAUGUUACGCACGCCCUACCUCCCCGGUGAAAGCGAUAUGGAUCAACUCAAGACUAUCUUCCGCGCUCUCGGCACACCAACCGAAGAAGACUGGGUAGGCCACACGAAACUCCCCGACUACGUUCCCGUAGGCCAAUUCCCCAAGACGCCCCUUCGUGACCUGUUCACGGCUGCUUCGGCCGACGCGCUGAACCUCCUCUCGAAAUGCUUGACAUACGAACCGCGAAAGCGGAUAUCCGCACGCGACGCACUGCACCACGCAUAUUUCUUCGCGCUACCGAAUCCUUCACACCCGUCCAAGCUCCCCAAAUGCACGACUUCAGCUCAGCUAGCGUCGAAACCUCUAGAUGAUGUUGACGGUAACUCAGAGGCCAAGGCCGCGCCAUCGAAUCGGUUAAAGCGCAAGCUGACCGGUCCCGACCAAGGCGGCCGCUCCAUUGCACGAAAAUUAGACUUCACCAAACAAUCAGUGGGGUCACCAGGAUCUGUAUUUUAG